GCAUGGAUCCUACUGUAAAAAAAGUCAGUCAUUGUGAACUUGAAGUUGAUGUAAUUGCUGAAGACAUCUUGAAUCAAAUAAAUGUUGAAAGUUGUAUUGGUCAUAAUCCUGGUAUAACUGCUAUGUGGGAAGAUGAAAGACAACGAAGACGAGAUAUUGGACUAUCUUCACAAGUUGCUCUUCUUGUUUCACAAGAAUCAAAAUCAAAAUGUUUCCUGAUUUUACCGAAAAUGCUCAAAAUAGCUAUGAUGUCAAAAACACUAAAACGAUGUGUAAAUUGCAUAUGGCACACCGUUAAUUUGCACACUGGUAUUAAAACACCUUCAAAUUCAUGGGAUGAAGAGGAAAUGGACUGGAAACCACCUUUACGUAUGCCUCAAGUGGAUGGUCGUGGUGAUGACGAGGACUCCAGGGGACAUAUGUAG